GAGGGAGCGAGAGGGAGAGAAGGAGCAAGAGCGUGUAAAGCAUGUUGCUGUUGCUGGCUCUGUAAUGCACUGUGAGCAAAGGAGGAGAAAGAAAGAGAGAGAGGGAGAGAGAGAGAGGGAGUCACACACACACACACUGUCUCUCCACGCACGCACACACACACACACACACACACAGAAACGGAGAACUGUCUUCCUCGGGAGAUUGAGACAAAUGCACACAUUCUCUCUCUCACUCACACACACACACACACACAUGCUCUCUCUCUCGCACACUCACACAGAGGGAGUGGUGAAGGCAGGCAUGAAGACAGGCUCCGGUGCGUUUUGAAGCAGGAGAGUAAGAGCGAGGACUAGCCAGCACAGAGGACAGACGAAUCUUAAGCUUGAACGGACCACUGUCAACUACCUACCAGCCCCCAGCCGAUGAGCGACAGCUACAGCCACAGCACCGGGGUAGGUGAUAAAAGGGGUUAUGCCAGGAGAGCUUGAAAGGAAGGGAAGAUCCAGCUCUCCGUCCAUCCCUCCGUCCGUCCGUCCGUCCGCCUCUCCUCCUCCUCAUCCCUCUUUUUUCGGAGCCGAUAUCUCAGGUCGGACUGUCCCAUGUUGAAUUCUUUCCUUUUCACUCGUCAUUCUCUUUUUUUCAUGGAGGGAUGUUAAAGAUCAGGUGAAGAAAGGAGGAGCUACAUUGUGAACGUCUGUCCGGUCGUGUCAUUUAUUCAUUUUUUUGUUGUUAUUUCAACGAUCCCUCGUUUCUCCUCCUGACUGAAUUGAAGAGUGUGUGUGAGACGCAGGACUGGAGCCUAUGAGGACUUUGAGACUGAUCUGUUUUGACAUGAUUCGGUCGUCAGGCAAAUUCUCUCCUAUCCUGACGGAGCUGUGUCAAAGUUAGCUGAAGCUUCAGGGAGAGGAGGGGGCCGUGGGGAGGGCCUGUGGCCCACGACAGAGCACCCACACUGGGACGCACACAGAGAGGGACACUGGCAUAGUGGUUCUUCUCACCCACUGUUUUCUGUGUACAGGAAAAUGACAUGAGUUUUCUAUUGUCCUGUUGCCACAGUGACGGAGGGACAGUGACAUACCAGGGCAACACCUGAACAACAACAACGUGAACAACAGCAAGGACAGGCAACAGCCAUAUCUAAAGGACAACAACAGUUAAACCACCAGUGACAGCAACAACGCACUGCAUCUAACCAAACCUCAACCAGCCAACACCUGAUAACUUUGGGUGGGCCUUUGACAAGGACUCCACCCUCCAUCUCUCCAUCCCCCUUUCUCCACCUCUCUCUCUGCCGUGGUGUUCUUCUCCCUCCAUCCUCCAGUGAAAAAUCCCCUAGUGACCCCCACUCUUCUAUUAUAUUUCUCCAGAUAUUGUUGACAUUAUAUUGACAUUUAUAUGUCAAUCUAGGCAAGUUUGCUCAAAGGAUUCUGGGUAAUCACCCCGGGCGGUGCUCCAUCGCCCUGGGUGAAAGGGCAGGGGGGCGGCCCACGGUUCCCCCCGACCACAACCGGGUGAAGAGCGGGUGCGGGCAGCAAGAUGGCGGCUCUCGCCAGCUCGUUGAUCCGCCAGCGGCGGGAGGUGAAGGACCCCCAGGCCAACCGGCAGGUGGCCAACAAGAGGAAGCCGUGCCCCAAGGCCAACAAGUCCCUGUGCCAGAAACAGAUAUUAUUACUCAUAUCAAAAGUCCGACUAUGUGGCAAUCGAGGGCGAAAGUUAGAAAAAAGACCGGAUCCCCAACUGAAAGGCAUCGUCACCAGACUCUACAACCGGCAUGGCUUCUACCUCCAGAUGCUUCCGGAUGGCACCAUGGACGGCACAAAGGACGAAAGCAGCUCCUUCUUGCAGUUCAACUUGAUUCCUGUGGGCCUGAGGAUAGUAGCCAUCCAGAGCACUAAGACAGGUCUCUACAUUGGGAUGAACAGCGAUGGAUACCUCUACACUUCGGAACACUUCACCCCAGAGUGCAAGUUCAAAGAGAGUGUGUUUGAGAACUACUACGUGACGUACUCGUCCAUCCUGUACCGGCAGACCCAGUCGGGCAGGGCCUGGUACAUCGGCAUCAACCGGGAUGGACAGGUCAUGAAGGGCAACAGGGUCAAGAAGACUAAGGGGGCCGCCCACUUCCUACCCAAACUCAUCGAAGUGGCUAUGUACAGGGAGCCCUCGCUACAUGAAGUGGUGGUGGUCGCGGAGUUGAGUUCGCCCAGGAAAAUGGCCAAGGCCUCCGAUUCACCUGUGCUGCAGAACGGCAAGAAAGACCCGCCCUCGAAAACCAAAACCUCCUAGCGCACAGAGGACACAGGGCCGGACAUACAGGCACUGGGCACUGGCAUGGGCACCUAAAGGAACUACAGGGAUGAUAUAUAGAAGCAAUGGAGUUACAUGAUGGUAGCAUUAGAAGAACUCAAUCUCCCAUAAUGCAAUA